UAUAAAUACCAUUCGAAAAAUUCCCUUUUCGUCCCGGUGCUCUUUCCUGAACGUUUCCGGUGACGAUUCCACUUUCAGCUGAUUUCCGACCGCCGGAAGGAUAUUUCUCCGUCGUCCUUCACAGUCCGCUUAGAAAGCGCACUCUCUCAUGAAUACAGAAUACUAGGACUGUAAUUGAUGUACAAAACUCUGGAUUUCAAAGUGACAUUCAAAAGGUUUGGGGGGGCUACGAGGUACUUACCUUGGAAAGCUUCAGAUAACUAUGAAUUUAUAUUUCAUCAUUGUCUAACAAGAAUGCCUGGCAUACCUUUAGUGGCUCGUGAAGCAACUUAUUCUAGAAGUGCAGAUCAGAUGUGCCGCGAAGAUUCUCGUGUACAUUUGUCUGCAGAAGAGGAAAUUGCAGCCGAGGAGAGCCUUUCUGUUUACUGCAAGCCUGUAGAACUUUACAACAUUCUUCAACGCCGUGCUAUAGGAAAUCCAUCAUUUCUUCAAAGAUGUUUGCAUUACAAAAUUCAAGCGAUGCACAAAAAGAGGAUACAGAUGACAAUUUCCCUGUCAGGGACUGUGAAUGGAGUUCAAACACAAGGUCUAUUUCCUGUGUACAUAUUGUUGGCGAGGCCAGUUUCUAAUGUUGCGGUUGCAGAGAUUUCUGAAGUUUAUCGCUUUAGUCGAGCAUGUAUGCUGAACACUUAUGCUGGAAUAGAUGGGACGAAUCAAACUCAAGCAAAUUUUAUUCUCCCCGAGAUCAAUAAGCUAGCAGCUGAGGUCAAAUUUGGCUCUCUUGCUGUCUUGUUUGUCAGUUUUGCUGAAAUUACAAAUUCUCUUAGCGGACUUGAUCUAUCCAAGGAUCAUAUGGAUAUGGCAUCUUUUCCAUCAAAUGUAGGAGGCUACUGCUUAAUGGGCAAGAUACCAAUGGAAUUACUUUAUUACUCAUGGGAGAAGUCUCCAAACUUGAGUUUGGGGGAGCGAGCAGAAAUGAUGUUAGCUAUUGACAUGCACUCCUGUUUUGUGAAGUCGAGUUGCUUGGAUGAUAACAAAUGUAUUUCGUUUCAGAUUCCAUAUAACAAUGGAGCUAUGGGUAUGUCACAGCAAGUGCAAGUCAUCAUUUCGGCAGAAGAGGUUGGGGCAAAAGAAAAAUCUCCUUAUAAUACAUACACAUAUAAUGACCUUCCUACUUCUUCAUUGCCUCAUAUUAUUCGGUUGAGAACUGGAAAUGUCCUUUUCAACUACCGGUAUUAUAACAAUAAACUGUGGAGGACUGAAGUGACUGAAGACUUUUCCUGUCCAUUCUGCUUGGUAAAAUAUGCUAGCUUUAAGGGUCUGAGACAUCACUUGUCUUCAUCACAUGAUCUUUUCAACUUUGAGUAUUGGGUAAAUGAAGAGUAUCAGGCCGUGAAUGUGUCUGUUAAAACUGAUAUGUGUAGAUCUGAGAUUGUUGCAGAUGGUAUUGAUCCCAAGCAACAAACAUUUUCUCUUUGUUCAAAGCCACUAAGACGAAGAAAAAAUAGGAAUGUUGUUCAAAAUGAAGAGCACGUGCGUCCACUUAUCUUGGAUUCAAACUUCCCUGCAGCGACCAAUGAUCUUCAAGACAAGCCUGAUGGUGUUGCUGGCUGUGUGGCAUGUGAUACAUCCAGUCUGAAUGUCACAGGGAUGUCAACUGCUACAGCUCAAUCAUACUUAGAUCCUGAAUGUCAAUCAGUCCCUGGAAGCAACCUUGCACCUCCUGUUAUGCUACAAUUUGCAAAGACGAGAAAAUUAUCUGUUGAACGUUCAGACCCUAGAAACCGUGCUCUACUACAGAAACGACGGUUCUUUCAUUCGCACAGGGCUCAGUCAAUGGCAUUGGAGCAAGUGUUGUCAGAUCGGGAUAGUGAGGAUGAAGUUGAUGAUGAUGUUGCCGAUUUUGAAGAUCGAAGGGUAUGUUUGAUGCUUGAUGAUUUUGUGGAUGUGACCAAAGAUGAGAAGCAAAUGAUGCAUCUCUGGAACUCAUUUGUGAGGAAGCAACGGGUGUUGGCAGAUGGUCAUAUUUCUUGGGCAUGUGAGGCAUUUUCGAAAUUCCAUGGUCAAGACCUUGCCCGGGCACCAGCCUUGCUUUGGUGCUGGAGAUUAUUUAUGAUCAAACUUUGGAAUCAUGGUGUGCUUGAUGCACGCACCAUGAACAAUUGUAAUUUAAUACUCGAGCAAUGCCAAAGCCAGCAGGACACAGAUCUUACGAGAAGCUAAAGCUUUGAUAAUUCAUUUUUUGAUGGCGAUGAAGACUAGCGUCCGUACUAAUUUACUGAUCUCUGUCACUGCAUUUUGUAGCACUUUUUGUAUCCUAUUUAAUCCAUUGAGCUUUUGUAUGGUGGACUAGAUGUCCUAGCCUGGCUUCAAUCCUAUUGUAAUAUUGUACCUGUGGCCUUACAUUCAAAUUCUACACAGGCAUCUAUAUAUAUCUUCCUGAAAUACUCGUAAUAGAAAAGGAAAGAAAAUGAAGCUGGCUGCCAUUUGGUUCCUUA